UCGAGGCUGAGAAGAUGGCCGCCGAACAGAAGGAAUUUGCUCAGUACGCUGAUGCCUGGGAUGCUAAAUGGGGUUCGGCAGGGUUCGGUCUCUUCCAUUACAUGACGACGGUCAGUUCCAUGCAAUAUACACACUUGAUACCCGGGAGCGCCCCAAGGCAAUAUUGUUCAGCCGCGCCUAGCCUCCAGGUCGUCUCCAUCAGACUGGCAGAAAUUCAAGGUGGUCUGGAAUGGCCGUUGCCAGUGUACGGUAUGAUUGCUGUCAGAGACCACGUGGAUCACAAUCGCAACCUUCUGUUUGCCUGCUAUAGGAGCAGGUGUCAGAUACUCAAGGAAAAGGAGCCCUUUUUGGCCUUGACUGGCCCCUCCCGUGCAAUUGUGUGCGAGGAAUCGGUUGACUUUGAAAUCCAACUGAAAGUAAGAGGUACAACAGAGUCCGAAGAUAGAGCAUUGAUCACUGGUGUGUGCACUUACAACAGAGGGGAUGAUACUGUUUUCUUUACCAACUGCUUCUGCACCAUAGAGUUUAGAUUGGAGGUACUUCAGGAAGCAGUCCAGGCCACUGUUUUGGGCGUCCGUGUCAAAGACGGGUCAUGGCCUUCUGGAUGGGGAGGCCGAGUCGCUUGCUCAGUCAUUGAUGGUGAAAUUGACGUCACAUCCGGGCAACUUGAGCUGCUUGUUUCUCGUGGAAGUGCCAUGCCCGUGACUUCUGAGGGUUACCUUCUUCUGUCAAGGAAUGUCGUUUCUGUAGAUGUUAACAGGAGCCUGAAUUUUCUCCUAGAGGCCUGCUUACCAUCUGGUGAUACCAUUGCACAAAAAGAAUUGUCCUUCGAACCCAAACUUUGCAACAUAAGUCAGGAUAGUUGUGAACUUAAGGGUAUUGAGUUGGAGAUCACUGUUGCUUGGUCUAGUCUUGUUUCUGAGAAGCGGGGUAUUUCGGUACAAGGAUGUGUUGGUGACGAGGAGCAGGACUGGGACGUUGCAUCAAUGGAGCAGCAAGUGCCGAAGAUAGACUCCAAAUUGACAUCGGAGAUGAGUCUGGAUACCAGUGAAUUGGCGAAUGAAUCGAAUACCUCCAUGUUCGUACCAAACAAGUCAAUACUUGAACCUGCAGAUUCUGUUGCCACCAACACAGGUUAUGAUGUUGAGAAGAUGGAUAGAGGCAAAUCAGACGAACAAUUAAAAAUUGAGGCCAAGGAGAUGGCUGCCGAACGGAAGCGUUUUGCCAUGUAUGUUGAUGCCUGGGAAGGGACAUGGGGGGGUUCUGAUGGGUUCGGUUGCUUCCGAGACAUGACGGCAGUGAGUUCCAUGCAAUACACACACUUGAUACCAGGGAGCACCCCGUUGCACUAUGGUCGAGUCGGGCCUAGCCUGCAGAUCUUCUCUGUCAAACUCGCAGAAAUACGAGGUGGUCUGGAAUGGCCGUUGCCAGUGUACGGCACGGUCGCUGCCCGAGACCAUGUGGAUCACAAUCGCAACCUUCUGUUUGCCCGCAACAGGAGUGAGUGCCAGACACUCAAUGAAGAGGAUUCCUUUUUGACCUUGACUGGCCCCUCUCGUGCAAUUGUCAGCGAGGAAUCUGUUGUCCUGGAAAUCCAACUAAAAGUAAGAGGUAGAACCAAGUCUCAAGAUAAGCCACUGAUGAAUGGCGUGUGCAGUUACUACAGCAGAAGAGAAGGCCCCGUUUGCUUUAGGAACUGCUUUUGCACCCUAGAGUUAAGUUUGGAGGGACUUCAGAAAACAGUCCAGGCGACUAUUUUGGGCGUCCGUGUCAAAGAGGAGGGGUCAUGGCCUAAAGCAUUCGGAGGUCGAGUUGCUUGCUCAGUCACUGGACCUGACGCCAGUCCUCAGGAAAUUGAGCUGCUUGAUUCUCGUUAUACAGCCAUGCCGAUGACUUCUCAGGGUUACCUUGUUCUAUCAAGGAAUGUUGUCUCUGUAGACUAUCAUGGAAGCCUGAAUUUUGUCUUGGAAGCCUACUCAGAUUCCGGUAAUAAAGUUGCACAAAAAAAUGAGACCUUCGAGCCCAAGUUUUCCAACAUAAGCCAGCAAACAUGUAUACUCACUGGAGGCAUUGAGUUGGAGAUUACUGUUGCAUGGUCCAGUCUGGUUUCUGAGAAGUGGGACAUCUCGGUACAAGGAUGUGUAGUAUUAUAAUAAGAU